AUGCAGCCCUGUGACGUUCUAUCCCGACAUUUGCCACGUUUCGCUGACCUGGAUGAGGAAGAUCAACACUUAUUCCGAGCUGCGUAUGAAACUCCCGCUUAUGAUCAUGACGAGUAUCAGGAAAAUGAUGAUCUACCCGCGGGCAAGCUGGACUUGCUCAAAGACGGUCUAUGGGCCAUCAAAGCGAAACUCAAGGAACUGAAAGCCUUUAACAAGGCAUUGUGUGCAAGUCUCCUGACAACAAAACUAAAAGUGAAGGAACUAGUGGCUAACAGCAUUGCACUAAAGAAACAUCAUCAUAUUGAAAUUGAAAAGAAAAAACCCAGUUACAAUUAUCAAACACCGUCUUACUCACACGCAGCAUCAUACCCUCAAUAUAGUCCGCAGCCGCAGUACACUCCACUGCCACAAUACAGUUCGCAGCCGCAGUACAGUCAACAGCAGCAGUACAGUCCACAGCCGCAAUACAGUCCACAACCGCAGUACAGUCCGGAGUACGCCGAGCAACAAUACACCCCUCAGCAAUCACACGAUCCAUACUACGGACAUUAA